GAGCCGGCGGCGAAGCAGUUGAUCGCGCGAUCAAGGCUAUCAACACCAUGCGGAAUGGACUGGGAUUUGGAGGGCGCCCAGAUGCGGCUCCAGCAAGGUCCCAAGUGACCGUUCUCAUCAUGGACUACAACCUCGCGUCUGCUAACCGCGCAACACGCUCACAGGUCGACAUCAAUGAGAGCUUGCACAACAAGGGGUGGGCGGAAUUGAUGAAAAUCGGCCCAGACUAUGAUGGUCAUCCAGAUGGAAACUAUGGCUGCUCUCAUGUCGCCGAAACAUUGCAGAAUGCGCUCGAUUCCAUCAAGGUGAUGUCAGAAGAGCGAGACGCGCUGAUUGAGGAGUACAUCAACGGCCUUACUACCGGGCUCUUCGUGACGUAUGAGGCGGAAGCUGAUGAAGAUUUCUUCACUACGUCUGCACCUUCUGACGGACAACAGGAAGAAGUUGGAGCGACUCCACCAAUGCCACCUCCGACAAGAGAGGGUCAGCAACCUGAGGAAGAGACUGAGGUCACCCGUGAUCCGGUAUCUGAACUACAUGAGGCUGUUAAGUCGAGACUGUAUGCACACCUUGAGGAACUUCGUGGUGGACAGAUCCAGGUCAAUGCUCGCACGCUCACCAUUUGUGUCAACUGCGGGUCGGCUUUGCACACCAUUGAAGAGUGUGAUAUUCACCAGGAACGAAGAGACACCCUGAUGUCGCUCCUCAAUCACAUGCGAGCUGUGGUACACGUGUAUCCUAUGCAAGUUCGUGAACGGUUCGACAACCCCAAAAUCCUCGACAAGGAAGUUCACAAUCGUGGUGGCACGGAUCUGGUCUGCGGAGUUGACCUGAAGGAUAUCGGGCUCAGAAGUAACAGGGUGGAUUACCUCAACCUCGAUAUGGUGGGCGUGCUCAUGGUCCAGAACCUAUCCGACAACUCUGCGGAGGUGAUUGGGUUUCUCAUAGACCACAACAUUCAAGUCCCAGCCAGAAUGGUUGACAAGGUGGUGACCAGCAAACAUGAACGAGAGAAGAACCCCAAUUCCCGCAAGAACGCGAUGAAGCACAUCACUCACGCCAACUUCGUGGAACCGGGGCAACAAUCGGUCAUGGAUCGACCUUUGACGGAAGAGGAAAGGGCCCGAGCUGAAAGUGCAGCAAUGCCGCCCAGGAACCCUCGAUCCGAUCAAUAUGCUCAACGCUGGAACCGACCAGGGCAUCCUCAGAACGCCAAUGAAGCCGCUGAGAUCCUCACGGGCAAAGGUGAACGUGGCAGAGGACAUCCUUACAGCCAGCAAGAGCGAGAAGACCAGACCUACCGCAACCGUACUUGGUAUCGAGAUCACCGAUACGGAUGA